GUCCUUUGGCUAAUGGGAAAGACCACGCAGAAGCUAUGGAGUUGCUUUUUGUGCUUGACAAAAGUGCAUAGAUAGAAGACAGGGAUUCCUGGCUGGGAGGAGGGAGGAGAGCUGAAGAUCUCUGCCUGGGCUGGCUGAUCUAAGCAGUCAAAGUGGGAAGCUGAGUGCUUGAAAGAGGAUUAUGCUCGAACUAGAAAUAAGCAGUAAGUGAGCGAAUAACAAUUAUGGCUUAGAAAAGGAUUAAUCCCCCUGGGGUUAUGGGGUGAACUAGAAAAUAUUGCUUAACUCUAGAGUAAAACUGUAAGGCUUCUGACUCUGUGUACAGUUGUGUGCUGUUUGGAGACUGGGGCUUAAAUACAAAAUCAGAGCUCUAAAUGCCUCCUCCCACUCUUGGAAAAUGCCAACUUCUACUUAGAGUAGUUGUGGAUAUAAUCUCCUUCCCUGACCUAGCCUUUUCCCAGGAAAAUAAACUCCUAAAUCAGAUAAGGAGUUGAGAUUAAAUUGGAAAGGUGGAAUUUGGUGGUGGUAGAAUUGCAGCCUUGAAUUAAGUUCGGUGAAUGCCGACAUUGUUGUAUCAGUUAGCAGUGAUUUGUUCAUCACAAGAAAUUCGGGGGUGGGGCAUUAAAAAGGGAAUAUUGAGAGCUUUUAUGACAAAGAGGCUGAAUAGUCUAUAUGCGUAGGAUGAAAUAUAAAAAUAUAUAUAAUUAAUAAUAGAUGGGGUAUUUUCAAAAGCGUUAAACUAGAACAGUAGUCAGGAAACCUAGAAGUGCUAGGAUAAAAAUUAGUUAGAAAGGAAGAAAUUUUAGUUUCAGUGGUUUUUUGUGCUAGCCAAAAAUUUCACAAUGUUUACAAAGUCAAGACAAUGAUUCAGGGAUACUUAGAUUAUUGUCAUACAUUAUAAAUACCGUUGCUGGGCAAGAUCUGUGGUUCUUUGGUCAGCAAGUUCUGGCAAUGAAACCACUGCCGCUGGUGCAAAGAAUUCUGGGAUGUCUGACAGUGAAAUGGAUGGAAGGACCCACAUUCCAUCUCUACUUAAUGUCCUUUUGUCCAGAAAUCGGGUCAUGCAAAUGAGCUACUUGAAAAGUAAAGAAAAAGGAUAUGGAAAACUAAGCAGUGAUGAAGACCUCGAAAUAAUUGUUGAUCAAAAGCAGGGAAAAGGCUCUAGGGCGGCAGAUAAGGCUGUUGCCAUGGUGAUGAAGGAGAUACCGAGGGAGGAGUCUGCUGAAGAAAAGCCCCUCCUAACUAUGACAUCACAGCUGGUGAAUGAGCAGCAAGAAAGCAGACCCCUCUUGAGUCCCUCCAUCGAUGACUUUCUCUGUGAAACCAAAUCGGAGGCAAUAGCAAGGCCAGUAACGUCCAACACAGCCGUAUUGACCACAGGCUUAGAUCUCCUAGACCUCAGUGAACCCGUCUCUCAAACCCAAACCAAAGCCAAGAAGUUGGAGGCCUCAUCGAAAACCUCAUCCCUCAAGAAAAAGGCUGAUGGACCUGAUCUCAUCAGUGCAGAUGCUGAGCAGAGAGGCCAGCCACUCCGAGGCCCGGAGACAUCAUCCUUAGAUUUAGACAUUCAAACACAACUGGACAAAUGGGAUGAUGUUAAGUUUCAUGGAGAUCGAAAUAGCAAGGGGCACCCAAUGGCAGAGAGAAAAUCAUGCUCAUCUAGAACUGGAUCAAAAGAACUCUUAUGGUCCUCAGAGCACAGAUCUCAACCAGAACUAAGUGGUGGCAAAAGUGCCCUGAACUCUGAGUCGGCUUCCGAGCUGGAAUUAGUGCCUCCAACACAGGCUCGACUGACCAAAGAACAGCGCUGGGGAAGUGCAUUACUUUCCAGAAACCACUCCUUAGAAGAAGAAUUUGAAAGGGCAAAAGCAGCAGUAGAGUCAGAUACAGAGUUUUGGGAUAAGAUGCAAGCAGAAUGGGAAGAAAUGGCCCGGAGGAACUGGAUAUCAGAGAACCAAGAAGCUCAGAACCAAGUUACAAUCUCAGCUAGCGAGAAGGGAUAUUACUUUCACACUGAAAAUCCCUUCAAGGACUGGCCUGGAGCAUUUGAAGAAGGCUUAAAAAGACUGAAGGAAGGGGACCUGCCCGUCACCAUCCUGUUCAUGGAAGCAGCGAUUCUUCAGGACCCCGGAGACGCAGAGGCCUGGCAGUUCCUCGGGAUAACCCAGGCGGAGAAUGAAAACGAACAAGCAGCUAUUGUCGCCCUCCAGAGGUGCUUAGAAUUACAGCCCAACAACUUGAAAGCUUUGAUGGCUCUGGCUGUGAGUUACACUAACACCGGCCAUCAGCAGGAUGCAUGUGAAGCUCUGAAGAACUGGAUUAAGCAAAAUCCAAAAUACAAAUACCUUGUGAAGAGCAAGAAGGGAUCUCCAGGCCUUACCCGGAGGAUGUCCAAGUCUCCAGUUGAUAGCUCUGUUUUGGAAGGAGUUAAGGAAUUGUAUCUGGAAGCCGCGCACCAAAAUGGAGAUAUGAUUGACCCAGAUCUACAGACAGGUCUUGGGGUACUGUUCCACCUGAGCGGAGAAUUUAACAGAGCAAUCGAUGCAUUUAACGCUGCCUUAACUGUUCGGCCAGAGGACUAUUCGUUAUGGAACCGGCUCGGGGCAACGUUGGCGAACGGAGACCGCAGUGAGGAAGCCGUGGAGGCCUACACCCGCGCGCUGGAGAUUCAGCCCGGCUUCAUCCGAUCCAGAUACAACCUGGGAAUCAGCUGCAUCAAUCUGGGCGCCUACAGAGAAGCGGUCAGCAACUUUCUCACUGCCCUCAGUUUGCAAAGAAAGAGCAGGAAUCAACAGCAAGUCCCUCAUCCCGCGAUCUCGGGGAAUAUCUGGGCCGCCCUCAGAAUCGCACUCUCUCUGAUGGACCAACCGGAACUCUUCCAGGCAGCUAAUCUCGGUGACCUGGAUGUCCUCCUCCGAGCUUUCAACUUGGAUCCUUGAAGAAAAAGAAAACAAUUAAAAAUAGUAAAUCCUUGUCUGUGUAAUUGUACCGAGAAAGGCAAAACUAUUUUAUUAUGAAUUCAAAAAAAAGGACUAACCAGACGUCCAAAAGGCCAUGGUGAGACAACACAAGGGAAUUCCUAUAGACAACGCCCAGACUCUGUUCAGAUUCAAAAGCACAAAGUGUUGUAUGUAGAGUCAAGGUUGGGCUCGAAAGAAGAACCAAGAGACACAAAGACAAACCAAGAUGCAAGAACAGUGUGAAUACUCUUCACGAGCUGCACGUGUACUCAGAACAUGUCCUUUAGGGGUUUUUGUCCCCCCCUUGCAGCUGAUACUCAUCGAAGGAACUUGCUCAUGGGACACGUGGAGAAAGAAAGCACUGCCUCUGAUCAGGGAAUUCUGACUGUUUCUGAACUAUCCCCCUCAACUCCCCCUUUUACAACAUAGUUCGGGCCAGGGUGCAUGCACACGUAUUAACUCUCGCCUACAGAGAGGCAUUGCUUAAACCUGUUCCAGUUGUAACUUUUACUGUGGCCCUUCGAUUCCAGACAGGGAGCUUUGCUGGCAAAAGCAGUUUUUGCACUAGAAAUUUUUGCUGUUCCCAAUCAAAACUUUUCUGGGACUGUAUACGUGCACUUUAAUAUCUUAUGUAUGCCUUGCUGGAGUUUUGUUUCGUUGCUCCAAUUUUUAACUUAGGGGUGAAAAGACUUGAGAACUCGGCCUUGUUAGAUCAAUGGACCAAAUAAAAAUUCCUGAGAAUAGUUUUUCAUAGUGUAAAGUUUUGAAAGAGUUUUUCUCAAAGCAGGUAUGACAUAGGAUAUAAAUAUGUCAAACACAGAUCUUACUCACAUGCUUUCUGGGACUGUAUGAACUUAAGCAAAAGAAAAUGUACCGUCCCGUCAUGCAUUCUCUGCAGGGAGGAAUUUUGAUGACAACGUGAUUUCUAUAGAGUUAACAUUAACUUGCUUAAAUGUCAUAUUUUACUUGCUUUCUAACUGCCUUGCACACCAAUAUUCCUUUUAAACCAUUAAUAUUUUAAAUAGUAUUUCAUAAGAGUGAUACCUUUUUUCCUAAAAAUUGUUUUCUUAGUUCCAUAAUAAUCUGCACUGUUCUCCCUUUUGCAUUCUAAGUGAUAGAAUAUCAAUAUUUUCUAGCUGAAUCUCACUGAAUGUCAGAGGUUUAAUACGAAAGAUGCAUGCCCCUUUGGCUCUCAUUUUGAAUAUUUAUCAAAUAUCAGGAAUUAUCUGUUGGUGGUGGUGUUUUUAUUUAGUUGAUUAUGUUCUGCUCAGUUCUUCAUGGUAUAUUGUGCCCAUUGGGGCUUGGUGAUUAUUUGGAAUGACAUCAUUUUUUAAAGAAUUAGAAAAAUUGUUUGCAAAAUGCUAACCGAAAUAUAAUAUCACCAACGUCCAAUUCUAGCAAUUGGCCCUGGUAAGUGGUUCCAUUCUUCUUUGUCUUUUCUCCUUCCGUCUUCCAGAACCUUCCCCAAAGCAAUCUGAUCCCAACUAUUUCUUCACGUUCUUUGGUUAGCAGUAGCUGAUCACUCUCAUGAUGGUAGUUACCAAGCAAACAACAUUUGAGUCAAGACAGUUUAAUUGACCCAGGAGUUAGCUUCUCCUGGGGGGAAAUGUGUAGGCAGAAAUCCUCUCCUGGGGUAGGAAGGGGCCUCGAGGCAACAGAAAACCACAAGUCAUUGAGGUUUGCGUAUUUUACAACAAUAGAGAGUUUUAUUAAGUUUAUAAGGACAAAGAUUUGAGGGCCCAACAGUGUGCCCAGCUUUCGUCUUCAUUGUCGAAGCUCCUUGGGCAAAGGUGAUGCCCCAGCCGGGCAGCAGAGACAUUAAGGCUUUCACCGUUGGGCAGUAGUGACAAGCCAGUCUUCCUCUACUCCCCUCCAGUCUCAGAAGCAAACAAAGCUCAACAAUAUUGUCAAGAAUAUUCUUUAGAAUUUUAGAAUCCUAGAGAUCAGUCUAGGAAAGACUCUUGGGGCCAGUCUCCAAGUUGAUGGCAGCUGCCUGCUUCAAUAGCCCUGAUAGACGGGCAUCAUUCUCUGCCUGCUCCUCCUCCCAGUUUCUGUGCAUUCACUGGCUGGCGAGCUGAUUUGCAUCCAUCAUAGUCCAUUAGGAGCCUCUGAACAUGGGAUUCAAAGCAAACUUCACAGGUUUCUGUUUACGAUGCCGUUCUAUACUUUCAACAGUAACUGAAUUUGCAAUAGUAACAGGCUGUUUUCUUAGCUUUGCUGGCGCUACAUACAUGACGUCAGUUAACAGUUUAAAACCUGACAGUAGGGUAAGUGCAGCAUACUUUGAUUUAAUUUGAUUGUUUCUAAGUGGUGGAAGAUUUUGCAGCCCAAGUUUUAUGUUGCUGUCAGAAUACAAAGUGAUUUCAGAGGACGGUAGACAAUUUUCCAUUCCCAUCAUAAUUUGAUAAUUUGCAGAACAUUCAGUAGGACUUUCUCCAGUAUAUCUAGUGUCCAUCAGAACCAAGAUUUUCAUAGUCCGUUGCCCGUCAGGAAGUCCAAGACAUUUUUCAACAAUAUUUUUAAAUAAAAUUAAGUAAAAACAGUUACUAAGAAACAAGUGAAAGUUUAUAGAAAUCAGAGCACUACCAAAAAUUAGUAAGAUUAUAGAACAGUUUUUAUUGUACACAUUUUUAAAGUGUACACACAUUCUUUUAAGGCAGAAUUGUUUUGGGUAUCUUACCCUGGUGGUGUGAAAUUGACAAUUACUUUUUUCCAUUUCAAAGGGCAAGGUGUUCUCAUUCCUUUCUGUAUGACUGAGUAAGGAAGCAAGGAGGCUACUGUUUUACUAGAAUGGCCAUUCAGUUGCUUAGAUGUACUUUCAAGAACGAUUUCACUAGUAGAUUGGAUGAAAAUGCAGAGAAAGCCGGUGAUCAUUGCUGAAUUUCAAAAUAUGUUACAGCUAUGUCUACUGGGCUAUUUCCAUGUGCCGCUCUACCUUACAGUGGGAGGAGAUAGAGGGAUAAGGAAGAGAAGGAGUAAAUCAUCCCCUUACUGGGCCAAUCAUACUGAGUCAUCAUUCCCCUUGCUUUCUCUUAAGAUUAUUUCCCA